AUGGAAAUCGAUACACUUUCCGUUAUUCUUUUAACAUUGAUAAUAUUCUUUACAUAUUUAUUCAUACGUAAUGCACCCAAUCCCGAUGUUCAUCCAAUAUUACUUUCUUCACAAUCAGAUACAACCAAAGUUCGAUAUCCUGGCGAGUCAGCUAUUUAUAGAAACGUUAAUACACCUCACGGAUUUCCACAGUUAUUAAGUAAACCUGAAAAUGAUAUAAAAACCAUAAAAGACUUAUUCGAUAGCGGACUAAAGAAAGAUGGAGGUGUAAGAAAAUGUUUGGGAAGUGGACAAAGAAGUGAAGGAGGAAAAUAUGUUUGGCAAACAUAUGAAUGGGUAAUUGCAGAUUUAGCAUCAAGUUAUUAUAGUUUAGUGACAGUAGCAAUACCUCACAUUCCACUAUUUCUUGGUGAUGUUAUUAAUCAAAUCCAAUUUACUAAAAUUCGAGGAUGCAUUGUGGCUGAAGAAGCUUUACCAAUAAUACUUUCAGCUGCAUCAUCUUGUCCUAGUUUGAAAUAUUUAAUAAUCGCUGGGAAAGGUGAAGUAAGUGAAGAAUAUCAUGAACGAAUAAAUUCUUUGGGAUUAAUAGUAUCUACCUUUGAAGAGAUUGAAGAGAUCGGAAAACAAUCAAAGAUCGAACACGUUAUUGCUGCAACAAUAGUGUUCUCAAGUGAUCCAUCAUCUAAAAAUAUUGUGGCUGAUGUAGCCGGAUUUCUUGCUAGUAUACCCAACCAACAAAUUCUUACUUCUGAGGAUAUUCAUUUAUCUUAUUUGUCACUUGCUCAUAUUUUUGAAAGAAUCACUUUAGCAGCAUUAUUAUUUUCUGGGUCAGCGAUAGCAUUUUAUAGUGGACUAUUAUCAAAUGUGUUGUCAGAUACCGAAGAUGUAAAACCAACAAUUUUUGUAAGAAUUACUAUUGGAUGUCAAGUAAUUCAAAUGUAUGUAUUAACUCAAUGUAGUGGGAUAGUAACUUCUAAUGCAUUUUAUGAUUAUCAAUUGAGGAACACAACAGAUAAUGAUGAUGAUGAGGAAUCACAUUGUGGAAGUCCAUUACAAUGUAAUGAAAUUAAAUUGAUAGAUUGUGUGGAUAAAGGAUUUACUGUAGAAGAUACUCCUAAUCCUAGAGGAGAGAUUUGUGUAAGAGGUUUAAAUGUAAUGAAAGGUUAUUAUAAACAGCCAUCAAAAACUUCUCAAGUUAUUGAUUCGAAUGGAUGGUUACAUACUGGUGAUAUUGGUAUGAUUUUACCAAAUGGAACAUUAAAAAUUAUUCAUUAA